CUUUAAGGGUAUUCUGCUACAACUUGUUUAUAAGGAAAUGUGAAAUAUCUCCAUCCAAACUUUCAAAAAAGUUUUUGUUUGUUUGUGGCUGAUAUGUAUCCGUUACAAAUGCGUGGAUUUUUGGGGCACUCAAGGUGGAGAUCCCGUCAGCACUGCAUAACCAGUAAUUCCAUCCCCUCUUCUCUGUAUUAUAUCAAUAUUUUCGUUUGGACCAAUUCACAGCUCUUCCAUAGCCGUUUUCCUUUGACCAUCUUCUUGCUGUGUUAAUAUAUAUUGUCUGCAACAAUACCCAAUAAGGAUUUACUAAGAGUUUUGCUCUCUGAUUCACUUCCCAUUUCUGUCGGAAUCAAAACCUAUUAAAUCCGCACUGCCAUAUGUUUGCAAGUUUACAUCUUGUUUUCUAGCAGGCAGAAGCGGAUUCCCCUUUGCGCAAAUUUAAUUAUAGCAAUCCUAUGGUGCAACUUCCUUUCCCAACAAAGAUCUUACGGCUGUACAUUUUGUAAGGUUUUUAGGCUUCUUCCCCAAAACAAUGAUGACCUCUCGACUUGAGUGUCUGCUCUGUUUUCUGCUCUUAAUCUCUUUUUUCCCCAGGAAAUCUUAUGCCCAAAACAUCAGCUUUGAUUUCUCAACGUUUUCCUUCAGAAACCUGACCCUUAUAGGGGAUGCAUACCUCAGAAACGGUGCAAUAGGUCUUACAAGAGACUUAGCAGUCCCUAACUCAAGUGCUGGAAGAGCUCUAUACAAUAAACCUGUGCAACUCCUGGACCCAAAAACAAACACUUCAGUUUCAUUCAGAACCAUGUUUUCCUUUUCCAUAACAAACGUGGAUCCUGUAUCUUUUGGGGAAGGUUUAGCCUUUGUUAUUACACCAGAUAACAACACAGUAGGAAGCGCUGGACCGUUUUUGGGCCUUGUCAAUGCCAGCACACAGAUUGAUGAUACCAGGACUAUAGCAGUGGAAUUUGAUACAUUUCUUGAUGUGCAGUUUCAUGAUCCCAAUGCCAACCAUAUUGGCUUGGAUAUAGGCAAUCUGACUUCCUAUAAAGUAGCUGAUGUGGGCAUCCUGCAAAUCGAUUUGAAGAGCGGAGACUUGAUAACGUCAUGGAUUGAUUACAAUAGCACUGAGAAAAUGGCUCGUGUAUGGUUGAGUUACAGCAGUGUGAAGCCUGAGAAGCCUUUGAUGUCUGUAAGUAUAGAUUUUUCAAAGUAUUUUAAUGAAUACAUGUACAUUGGUUUUAGUGCUUCAACAGGAGGGAGCACAGAGGUUCAUAAAAUUGAAGAAUGGAGUUUCCAGAGCUUUGGUUUGUCUUCUCCCGUGGUUUCUCCACUACCCAAGAAUAUAACGACCCCUAAGAAUAUAACAGACCCUAGCAUAGUAGGUCCUGUAAUGAGUACAAGGGGAGGUUGUCAUGGAGGCCUUUGUUUCAGUAGACUAACCUUAGUGGGUAUUAUAUCGGGGUCUUCUGUUUUGUUUGUAUUGUUUUUUGGCUUUAUUGCAUGGUUUUCAUACAGAAAAUGGAAAGCUUCAAGGCCCUCAGACUCAUUCAGGUCUGACGUGAUGAAAUCCCCUAAGAAAUUCACUUAUAAGGAGUUGAGCAUUGCCACCAAGGGAUUCAGCACAAGUAGAGUAAUAGGUCAUGGGGCUUUUGGGACUGUUUACAGGGGAGUUCUUCCUGACUCUGACAAUGUGGUUGCAGUGAAGAGAUCCACUUAUAAUAACCAGGGAAAGAAUGAGUUUAUUGCAGAGCUUUCUAUUAUAGGACGUCUUAGACAUAGAAAUCUGGUUCAUCUACAAGGAUGGUGCCAUGAAAAAGGGGAGUUUUUGCUUGUAUUUGAGUACAUGCCUAAUGGUAGUCUGGAUAAGAUUCUUUUCCAAGAAGGGCAGGGCCCAGUGCUCUCAUGGGGGCAUAGGUAUAAAAUUGUAAUGGGAGUAGCUUCUGCCUUGUCCUAUUUACAUGGGGAAUGGGAACAACAGGUGAUCCAUAGGGAUAUAAAGGCAAGCAACAUUAUGCUGGAUGCAAGCUUCAAUGCUAGACUGGGAGAUUUUGGUUUAGCAAGGCUAAUGGAUCAUAAUAAGAGUCCAGAUGCUACUCUCACAGCAGGAACUAUGGGUUACCUCGCCCCUGAGUAUCUUCAAUCUGGAAAGGCCUCUGAGAAAACUGAUGUUUUCAGCUUUGGGGCAGUGGUUUUGGAGGUGGCAUGUGGGAGAAGGCCUAUUGAAAAGGAUUUGCCCUCUGGGAAGAAUAAUCUUGUUGAUUGGGUUUGGAGUUUGCACAGUGAAGGGAGGCUCCUGGAGGCUGCAGAUGCAAGGUUGGAGGGAGAAUAUGAUGAAGAUGAGAUGACAAGGAUGUUAAGUGUAGGGCUCUUAUGUUCUCAUCCUCAUUCAAAUUCAAGGCCUACAAUGAGACAGAAUCUGGACAGAGCCAGAGUUCUAGCCCUUCUUCUACAAGCUUGAGGGAGCAUUCUUCUGCCUGAAGCUCAAAUUAAAGUGUGUUUCUAUUAAACCUGGGUCAGUAAAUCUUCCAGUGCUUUAUCACAUAAUCCUAGAGUAAAUCAUUACUUGUUUACCUUUGUCUGCUUGCAUCCAGCUUCCUUACGUUGAUAUCCAUGGCUAGUAACUUCUGUAAUGGGGCUUUUUGCUCUUUAUACCCAAGUGUUCAGUUUAAUUGGCAACGAGGGUCUUUGGAUAUCGACCUGUAGAAUUCUAAAUUGUAUUGUGUGUCUAUGAUAAGAGUAAGAAUUGUAAUUGGUCUGUUGUUCUCAGUGAUUUCAAAACAAAAGACAUUCCUCCUCGGAAUUACAGUCAAAAUUACAUCUGUAGGCUUAUUUCUUAGUAGUGUUGAAGACAUUUCAUCAAAAUUAGCUUAUGCAAAUCUGUAUUA